CAGAGCUGCUGCCGAUUCCAUUCUGUUAUCGACUUAUCGUCCUUCACUCUCACUCUGCGUUGCUUUUCCUCCACGGCGAAUCAACUCGUGACGUAUUCGCAGAACAAUUCUCUCUCCUCCGGUUGGAGAAUUGUAGCGUUCGGGAUUUUCUGGCCCUAGAAUGAAGAAUCGCUGAAGAUGGUGACUGGUUUUGGUUGGGGUCACGUUUUGCAGUUUAAAAUGGCUGAAGUAGAAGAGUAUCGCUGCUUCAUUGGUGGCCUUUCAUGGUCAACAUCUGAUAGAAAGUUAAUGGAUUCAUUUGAAAAGUUUGGAAACCUUCUUGAAGCCCGGGUUGCUGUUGACAAGUUCUCUGGUCGAUCUCGUGGUUUUGGAUUUGUAACAUUUGAUGAUCAGAAAGCUAUGGAAGAUGCCAUUGAUGCCAUGAAUGGGCAGAAUUUAGAUGGUCGAACUAUUACUGUUGACAAGGCAAAACCUCAACAAGGAUCAGCUAGAGAUGAUAGUGAUCGGUACCGAGAACAUGGUCGUGAUCGUAAUCAUUACCGAGAUUAUGGGGGUGGUCGAGGUUCUAAUGGUGGUGAGUGCUUCAAGUGUGGCAAACCUGGUCAUUUCGCUAGAGAGUGCCCUGGUGAAGGGGGAAGAGGUGGAAAGUAUGGUGGCAGAGAAAGUAGAUAUGGUGGCAGUGGCGGUGGAGGUCGUUAUGGUCCUGAUAGGAAUGCUGAUCGUUAUUCUGGUGGGCGAUACAGGGAUGCUGGUAGACAUGGAGAUUAUGGAAAUGAUCGAUAUAGUCGUGAUCGCACUGGACCUUAUGAGCAGAGAGGAACAGGAGGCUUUCGUUCUGGAUAGAAUUUUUUUUCUUCUCAUUGAGGCAUGCAAUUUCACUCUUAAUAUAUGUUGUUCAUCAUGGCUGUAAUGGAACUGUAAAUGUGAUUUUUCAUCUUUUAGACUGGAGGAGUUACCAUUAUCCCUUCAAUUAUCAUUCACAAUGACUAUGUUCUGAGAUUGUUCAAUGGAUGGAUCUCUGAUAUCAA